AUGGCAGGUGCAGCCAAGGCGUCGUGGAUGGUGGCAAUGAGCGUGGGCGCCGUGGAGGCGCUCAAGGACCAGGCGGGCCUCUGCCGCUGGAACUACGCGCUGCGAUGCAUCCACCGGACCGCCAAGGCCAACGUGCGCAGCAGCUUCGCCGCGCAGGCCAAGAAGCUGGCCCCGGCGGCGGAGAAGAAGAGGCGGGUGGACAAGGCCGCGGAGGAGGGGAUGAGGACCGUCAUGUACCUCAGCUGCUGGGAACCUAACUAG